ACUCAAAGAGAAAGAAAAAAGUGGCAGAGUCUAUUCUGGCUCCUGUCUCCAGGGCUCCCAGCUGCCCAGGAGUGAGGCUUGUUCCCAGCACACCCAGGAGUCUGCCCCGGUCUAAUGGACGCAGCGUGGCCCUCUCUGUCCGCGCCCGGUUAUGUCGCCAGCGAAGAGAGCCGCCUCCUGGUCCUUUCGGAGCUGCUGGAGAGGAAGGCCCACUCUCCCUUCUACCAGGAAGGUGUGAGCAACGCCCUGCUCAAGAUGGCGGAGCUGGGGCUGACCCGGGCGGCAGACGUCCUCCUGCAGAACGGGGCCAACCUCAACUUUGAAGACCCGGUCACCUACUACACGGCCCUGCACAUCGCUGUCCUGCGGAACCAGCCUGACAUGGUGGAGCUGCUGGUGCACCACGGGGCCGACGUCAACCGCAGGGACCGGGUCCACGAGAGCAGCCCCUUGGACCUGGCCAGCGAGGAGCCAGAGCGCCUGCCCUGCCUGCAGCGCCUCCUGGACCUUGGAGCCGACGUCAACGCAGCUGACAAGCAUGGCAAGACGGCUCUGCUUCACGCCCUGGCCAGCAGCGAUGGGGUGCAGGUUCACAACACCGAGAACAUCCGGCUCCUGCUGGAGGGAGGGGCAGACGUCAAGGCCACCACCAAAGAUGGGGACACUGUGUUCACCUGCCUCAUCUUCCUGCUGGGGGAGACCGUCGGGGGAGACGCGGAGGAAGCCCGCCUGAUCAACCGCUUCUGCUUCCAAGUGACACGGCUGCUGCUGGCGCAUGGGGCCGACCCCAGUGAGUGUCCGGCCCACGAGUCGCUCACCCACAUCUGCCUCAAGGGCUUCAAGCUGCACUUCCCGCUGCUGCGCUUCCUGCUGGAGUCCGGCGCCGCCUACAACUGCUCGCUGCACGGCGCCUCCUGCUGGUCCGGCUUCCGCCUGGUCUUCGAGCGGCUCUGUGCCCACCCAGGCUGCGCCGAGGACGACAGCCACGCCGACCUCCUGUGCACGGCCGAGGCUGUGCUGGACCUCAUGGUCACCAGCUCCCGGAGGCUCCAGCUGCCCGCGGACUUCGACGUCCAGCCAGUGGGCAGCCUCGCAGAGAGGAUCCGGGCCCUGCACCGCUCCCUGUGCCAGCUGGAGAGCCGCCCGCCGCCACUCAAGCACCUGUGCCGCGUGGCCAUCCGCCUCUGCCUCCAGCCGUGGCCCGUGGACGUGAAGGUCCGAGCCCUGCCGCUGCCCGACAGGCUCAAGUGGUACCUCCUCAACGAGCAUCGCGGCCCUGCUGAAGACGACCUCUGAGGCCCAGACCGCAGGACUCGGGCUGGGAGCUCAGGCCAGCCUUUGGGGGGCUUUUGGUUCCCAGCCAGCCAGGGGAGCCUGCAGCUGGUCACGCCAGUGGCUCAGGUGCGGCUGUCUUCCAGGGUGACUGCCCUUCCUUGCGGUAGCAUCCCCAAGGCCUGCCCCACACUGGAGAGGCAGGCUCCGGUCCAGACCAGCCUGCCUCUGAUCUGAGGGGGCCCCAGUAGCGGCCUCCCUGGAACUGCCCUGAGUCUGAUCUGCCCUGCAGGGCGCAGCCUGGAGGCACUCCGCAAGUGCUGGGGAAGCUGGAAUCAGGGCCCACAGGCCCUCGACUGCCUGCAUGUGGUGAAGCUGAGCCGACCCUGCAGCUCCGGGCAGGGUCACUGGUGCCCGCCCGCCUGCCUGUGUUCUGGUUGUGCCAAACUCAGGGCCUCAGGGACCACGCCUUCUGUUCAAAGGCCAGCGUGAGCACCCAGCGAGGACGGCCCUUAAGCAUUGCCUCGCAAGGGGGGAGCCUGAUGGGGCACCACCAGCCUGGAAAGCCAACUGCCGUCCAGUGCAGAGCCCCUAAGGGGCACUUUCCAGGCACCACAGUCAUUGUGAGCUACAUCAAUGCCUUUGAGAGUAAGCCGAGGUGACAUAUUUAUAUCACAGAAUUAAACAGGUUCUUAGCCUUAAA